AUGGCCGGCGGAGGAGGAGCGGGAGCAGGAGGCGGCUGCUUCUACCCGCGAACGACGAACCCGAGCCUCGAGUCGCCGCCUCUCCUCAGCCUGAGGCGAAGGUCGAAACAGCAAGGGCCGGAGGAGGCGGUGACCCUCGAGCGCGUGUUGGGAAUAACUGCUCAGACCAGCAAUGGCUUAAGUUGUGACCCAAACUCGGGACACAUCGCCUAUCCAACAGGAUGUGUGGUUGUGAUUUUCAAUCCUCAGAAGAACAAGCAAAGGCACAUCGUUAAUACAGCCAGGAAAACUGUGAGUGCUUUGUGUUUCUCUCCUGAUGGGAAAUACGUUGCCACUGGAGAGAACGGGCAUCAGCCAGCCGUCCGAGUCUGGGACGCAGAGGAGAAGUCCCAAGUGUCUGAACUUCACGGCCACAAGCACGGCGUGGCCUGCGUGGCCUUCUCUCCCAAUAUGAAAUACCUCGUGUCGGUCGGGUAUCCUCAUGACAUGAAAGUGAAUGUGUGGGAUUGGAAGAGCGAUACCCUCAUCGCCUCCAACAAAGUCUCUUCCAAAGUUAUGGCCAUCUCCUUCUCGGAGGACAGCUAUUUUGUGACAGUCGGGCACCGCCACGUCAAGUUCUGGUUUUUGGAUGGCUCCAGAGAAAUUAAGAUUAAGGAGACAGUUCCCCUGGUGGGUCGCUCUGGACUCCUCGGGGAGCUGCACAACAACACCUUCUGCGAUGUGGCCUGUGGCCAGGGCAAAAUGGCCGGCAGCACCUUCUGCAUUUCCCACUCCGGACUGCUUUGCCUGUUUAACGAGAAGCGCAUCCUGGAAAAAUGGAUCGAUUUGAAAGUGACGCUGGCCAACUGCAUUUGUGUCAGCGAAGAAUUUAUUUUCUGCGGCUGUGCUAACGGAACCGUGCGCCUCUUCCAAGCACACAACUUGCAUUACCUCUCCGAUUUGCCCAAGCCGCACUACCUGGGCACCGAUGUGGCUGCAGAGCCGAUCCUGAGAAGGCCGGAUGCCCCCUAUCCAGACGCUAUUGCUGUUGUCUUCGACCCCCGCCGUCACUGGCUCUCCUGCGUGUACAAGGAUCACAGCGUGUACAUUUGGGAUGUGAAGGACAUCGGCCACGUUGGGAAAGUGUGCUCUGAUCUUUUCCACAGCUCCUUUGUCUGGAACGUUGAGGUUUAUCCUGAAUUUGAAGAUCACCAAGGCUGUUUGCCCCCAGGAUCCUUUCUAACAUGUUCCUCAGACAGCACUAUACGGUUUUGGAACUUGGAGAACAACACCCGUGGACCUUUCAAGAAGAACGUCUACAGCGACAACUUGCUGAAGGUUGUGUAUGUGGAGAAGAGCACUCAGUAUUUGCAAGAUUCGACGAAUUUGCCGGAGCGAAAUGACAACGUCGGCUACCUUGAUGUCAAAUCCGGCGUCCGAGUGAUGCAGAUCAGCCCUGACGGUCAGCACUUGGCCUCUGGGGACAGAGCCGGCAAUCUGAGGAUACACGAGCUAAAAUCCAUGGCGGAAGUGAUGAAAUUUGAAGCCCACGAUUCGGAAGUCCUCUGCUUAGAGUAUUCCAAGCUGGAAACAGGCCUGGCGCUCUUGGCCUCCGCGAGUCGAGAUCGGCUGAUUCAUGUCCUGAACGUGGGAAGCAAUUACAAAUUGGAGCAGACCUUGGACGACCAUUCCUCGGCUAUAACAGCAGUCAAGUUCACUGGAAAUAACCAUAUUCAGAUGAUUAGCUGUGGAGCUGACAAAAGCAUUUAUUUUCGCAGCGCGCAAAAGGUCGGAGGUGGAAUUAAUUUCAUCCGGUCUCACCACGUUGCCGAGAAGACCACUUUGUAUGACAUGGACGUGGAUAUAACUCAGAAGUACGUCGCUGUAGCCUGCCAGGACAGAAACGUCAGGAUAUACAACACGGUCAGCGGGAAGCAGAAGGGCUGCUACAAAGGGGCCCACAGCGACGAUGGAUCCCUGCUCAAGGUCCAGUUUGAUCCUUCUGGAACAUUCCUGGCCACUAGUUGCUCGGAUAAAAGCAUUUCCAUUAUCGACUUCCGCUCUGGAGAAUGUGUGGCCAAAAUGUUUGGGCACUCAGAAGUCAUCACGGGGAUGAAAUUUACCUUCGACUGCAAACAUCUGAUCACCGUCUCGGGAGACAGCUGCAUCUUUGUGUGGCGCCUGAGCCCUGAAAUUACCGCUUGCAUGAAGCAGCACCUGAGGGAACUGGAGCAGAUCCAGGUGCAGCAGGAGGUCAGGGACUCUGCGUGGCCUCCCUUGAUCAGGUACCAGACCACUCCUGUCUGUGUCCUCUCUAAUGGCAGACUGCCCAUGUGGGCAAAGAGACUGCUCGGAGAAGCAGACCAUUCAGACAGCAACGCCUUUCACGCCAGAGUCAGCUACCAGCCCCAGGGCCGUUGGGCUGAGCGAUCCGACAAAGAGCCCCUUAAAACCAUCCUGGACGCCGACUUGAGCUUCUUCACCCCGAUUCAGAACCGCAGCCUGGCUGAGGCGGACCUGGAGCAGCGGAGUCUGGACCGGCUGAUUUUAGAGACCGAGGAUUCUCCCAGCAACAUAACCGAAGGCUUCAAACAACCAAAUCUGUCUUCCGAUGAGGACAUGGCCCAGGGGCUGGAGGGCGGCGGGACCACCCUCUACGUCUCCCAAGCAGAGAGCAGCCCUUCCUUCAGGGAGAGGUUCGUUUCCCACAGAUCCCAAGCAGACGUUCUCGGAAAGAAGUCCCAGGCCGUCCUGGACUCGAGCACAAGGCUGGUCAAGAGGUCAGUCCCUCAGCCUGUGUUUGAGGAGGAAGCUUCGAGCCCCAAAGACAAGGCGCCAGAGAACAUCUGCUCUGGGUCGCCCUUGGAGGCUGACCUGCCUGUUUCUGGGCAUCAGCACGAAGAGGCCGAAGCAGAGAUGGCCCACCUGGACGAGAACUUCUCCCAGAAUGGGUCGCUGCCCCAGACGCCGGAGCAGGAGCGAUACCUCAAGCACCACUUCGAAACUCUGGCCGGGGACCCCCUGGAAGAGAAAUUUGAUGGUUGUCUCCGAGAUCUGCAGCCAUUUGAAGACAGGGAGGACGGGGGGAGCCCGCUUCUGAAUCCGCGCCUGAGCAUCUCCGCCCGGUUUCUCUCGCGUGCUCAGAAGAACUGCAGAGUCCGUCCGCUUGCGCAGGCAGCCUCCGCCGAACACGUCACAGAGGAGAGCUUACCACUCAGCGAUUUUGCGAAAUUCAAGAAACCUCCCGCAGAAAUCCCGUUGGAGCUGAAAGGAAGCCCCGAUGCCAAAACUUCCUGUGUUUCAGAAAUUCAGGGUCUCGUCAAAAAUUUUGAGUUGAGCUUGCAGGCUCUACGCCUCAAAUUUCAAGAGACUUUGCAACUGUACGAUAAGGUGUCUUCUUGCACCGAUGGGACCCCGGAGGAGCUCACCCACGCCAAGCACAGGCUUUCUAGCACAUUCUGCUGGAUGAAGAGCGAACUGGCGAAGAGAGACAGCAGGGAUAACGCCGAUGCAGCCACUGCCACGGACCCCUCGUCCUUCUGGCCGAGCUGCCUCCAGGAGGGCGAGGCCCACGCGCUCCUGAAGCAUUACUCUGACUCGCUGAUGAACCUGGUUCAGAAGAAGCUGGAGGAGGCCCAGAAAGCCAGCCUGCCUUGA